UCUGGAGGCUCCAGGGCAAGGACACCUAGCCUGGCAUGCUGCGUUUUCUGCCCUCCAGGCUGCCAGCCAGGAUGUGGGGUGGAACUUCCCAGAAGCAGUCAUGGAGGAACGGCAGUCGGACUCCUUCACCAUGCCUUAUCCAUAGACUUGACCACAUUGUGAUGACGGUAAAGAGUAUCAAAGACACCAGCAUGUUUUAUUCCAAGAUCCUGGGCAUGGAAGUCACAACUUUCAAGGGUGACUGGAAAGCAUUGUGUUUUGGAGACCAGAAAUUCAACCUCCACGAGGUGGGAAAGGAAUUUGAACCCAAAGCUGCUCACCCAGUUCCUGGCUCCCUGGACAUAUGUCUGAUCACAGAGGCACCUUUGGAGGAAAUGGUCCAGCACCUCAAGGCUUGUGAGGUCCCCAUUGAGGAGGGUCCAGUCCCCAGAAUAGGGGCGAAAGGACCCAUUAUGUCCGUCUACUUCCGAGACCCUGACGGAAACCUGAUUGAGGUGUCUAACUAUAUCACCCCCGAUUGA